GGUGAAUUCAAAAGUGGUUGCGACGGGUGCGAUGCCGCGCUUUGCCGUCCUCAGCGACAGCCCGCAGUUCGACCAGCCGAAGGCAAUCAAGCGGGCAUGUCAGUCCCCAGUAUCUUCAGACGAUGAGUUCGACUUUGAGCCACGCAAGCGAUCCAAAGGUUCCCAGAGCAAGUCGCGGGUGGUCAAGAAGGUUUCUGGGGACAAGGUCUCGAAAUCGACAAGCAAUCGAGCGUCCUCGACCGCGGGACCAAAGUCUAAACGGACAGCGGUAGCUCAACUAGCGUCACCGAAGUUUGUGUGGUAUCUCCUGAACUGUCUCAAGGACAGCGUACAGUCCAAGAUGAGCUUCGAGUACGGAUUUGGCCUCGGUAGCAUCGUCCCGCUCCCAUCGGCUUCGGAAUGGACCAACGAACAAGUUGCGCAAUUCAGCCAGUGGCUGGAAACCUUGGGUUUUGUGUCGCGGCCAACAGUCAACGCCACUGUAUACCGCAUUGCCAACAAGGAUGCAUUGGCCAUCGUCCAGCGCUACUCUGGCCAAGUCUCGACCACCCCUUCCAACACCCAAGCCAUGCUAUCUCAAAUGCAAGCACCCCCCGAGGAUGAUAAUUUGGCAAUUGUCACGGCCAAGAAAUCGCCCAAGCAGGAACGAAAAGCCUUCGAAAACUACACGCGAGGGGUCUCAUCUUCCACCGCGGCGCCAAGGCAACGCCGCCCAGCCGCCCGUCGACCUCCGCCGUUGUCCUUGAUGUGGGGUUCUCCCAUCCAAGCCGUCGGUGAUUCUUCAAUGUUCCGUCCAAGCCACUCUACAUUCAACCCACGAUUAUCACUUGACUCGAUGGAUUCGAAUCCGCCUGGUGUACGGUCAGCCCGUCGCCUCAGCAUCUGCUCGAUCGCUGAGGAGCCAUCGCAAAGCAGCAGCGCCAGCCCUGACAAGCAAUCCACCGUCAUCGAAAUCGACGAGGAUGUCAGCGGUGCCCCCUCGCACCUCGAUCAAAGCAAUGAAUCGCUGGAUUUCGACGCGAUCGAAGACGCCAGCACCCCCUUCUCGAGCGCCGUGAAGCGGUUGAGUUUCGGUGGAAUCUUGACCAAGUCAUCGAGGCUCAGCCUCGACACGUCUAUUCCGGAAGAAAGCAGCAUGGAUCUGCUCAACGUGUCGCGGGAAAACGUCGUCGUGCAGUCGAAAAAGACCCGCAACCACCUCCGACGUCUGUCCCGUCUCGAUGUCGUCCGGUCAUCCGAUCGCCGACUUUCACUGUUCGUUCCCAAGACAAACGUCCAGCUCGCGCCGUCGCCCUUGGACAAAGCGAACGACGCUGUUCGAGGGCAAACUGUGCACCGCGCCAGCCGCUCGAAACCAACCAUGCCGAGUGCCGUGGCGUCUCUGGUGCUGGCGUCGCAAUUUGUCGAGAUGACCCCCCUCGUCGGUGUGGUGUGCAAAACGUGGCGCAGAAUUCACAACGAGAUCUGGGCCUGGCAUCAAGCCGAUUAUCACUUGCAACCCGUGGAUGCAAUGGCGGCAACCCUGUACAACGCGUUUCCAUGGGGCCAAUAUUUGUCCGAUGGCGCGUACAAGCAAGUGUUCAAGGUGUAUUCCGUGCCCGACGAGCGGUACGAGGCCGUGAGUGUCAUGGAUGUGCGGUACAUCGAGUCCACCGGCAAUGAGCACAUUGUGCGCCAAGAAAUUGCCCACUCGUUGUUGUUUACGAAAUUGGCCGACACGCAUCCCAACUUUUUGCGAAUUUAUUCCAUGUUCCUCUCAACUUCAAUGCCGGACGAGUCGAAAUGGGGAUCGCCGUCGACGCCGACGCCACAAGGACUUGCAUUUGGAGCGCUCUCGCACGGGUCGACUUCGACGGGAAAACCAUCCACGAACAAAGACAUGACAUCCUUGAAGCGAGGCUUGUACCAGUAUAUUCGCAUGGAGCUCUGCGAUGGCGGCAACGUGGAGGACUACAUACGCCUGGAUGGCACGAGCAACCUGAUCCAUGGGUGGUCCAGCUUGUUUUUUCAAAUGGUGUUUGCACUCUACGCCGGACGCGAACAGCACCAACUCCGCCAUUAUGACAUCAAGCUGCUUAACUUUUUUCUGCAAUCAACGUCUGCUGAGGGCACCACGAUGACUUAUGCAUUCGAAGAAAAAGUGUUCGAGUUGACGUCGCCGUACUGGGUCAAGCUGGCCGAUUAUGGCACGGCCGAUACGUCGACACUGACGUUGGGACUCCCCAUCGGUGUCGAGCAUUUUACCACGUUGGAAAACACCCCGAUCGAUUUCUUUUUGGUCGGCGACACCGCCAUGCAAGGCUAUGCUGCCGACACGUUCGCGUUGGGGCUCUCUCUGCUGCACCUGCUGUCGGGACGGUACACAUCGCACGACGCUCGGAGGAGGAUUUGAUCUGGAAUCUCUUGACCUCAUGUCGCUGGACUGUGUGUAGUGCGCCGUAUGAAGAGUUGCUCGAAGAUGUCGUCUGUCCGAUGGAGCUAAAGCGUUCGUUGGUCGCGAUGUGGAAGAAAAAGCACUACCGCGGCGCCAAGAAGGAAUCGUUUGCGGUGCUGCGGCAGCAAUUGGCCACCAGCAAGGACAAUACGACUGUUUUGUGCGACACUUUGUACCGCUUCCUCGUGCUAUUUGGCGUGACGCAGUUGGACGCUGCGACGUCGAGCAUCAGUGCGUUUUUGCUGCAGCUCCUGGCGCCGUCCUCCAAGAAACGCCACCCGUCGCCGGUCCAGCGCCAGUAUGAACUGGACGCGAGCAUGUAUUCGGUGGCCACGGGAAGCUUUGGUCCGAUUGCCCUCGUACGUCGACGCCUCGAAGCAAUACCCGGUGCCAUGGACGUAUUUCGGCGACUCGUGCACUUUGACCCGGCCCAGCGACCCACGUUGUACUGGGUGCUCCAUAGCCCCCUCUUUGACGCACUCCAGUUGGACAAUCCCGAUCAAGCCGUCCUCACGGUCGCCACGUACGCUCGCCCACGCGGCGACCGAUUGCCUGAUAUUUAAGUGUUUGGAAAAUGUAAAGGCCAACAUGUGGUUGAUUCCGGUCGAAGCGGUUGCGCCAUCUCUAGCGUUCAAAUCGCUAUCGAAUGUUUGGUCCCGACAAGGGAACGGCAACGUCGCAGGGGGUCUCCGUCGAGAACGGCUCAUGCCUGACGUAUGUCGGAGCUUCGUGGAUGCCGUUGGAGAAGCAGCCGCAGCAGUCCACAUUUGGUUCGGUCGAGGCUGGAGCGGCUGGUGGCCCCCG